GAUGUCCGAAGAGAAGGCGGCGGAGAAAAUUCAGGCCUCCUUCCGCGGAUAUAAGACACGGAAAUCCCUCAAAAAUAAUGGCGUACUUCCUGCCAAACCCGACGUGAAAGAAGGCAAACACAAGGAAGAGAUUGAAGAAAAAAUAGAAGAAUUACCAGAGCACCCAGAAAAAAAGACUUCUAAGCCAAGUGCCCAGAAAGAGGCUGCUCCGGACGAAACGGUGGAUAUAGAUCUUAGCGAUAAAGACCUCGAGAAAGCAGCGACCAAAAUCCAAGCUUCUUACAGAAACUUCACAGCACGCAAGAAACAGGAACAGGAUGUCACAGAGGCAGUUGAAAAUUCUCCCAAACAGGAGAAGAAAGAAGCGGUAACUGGGCGAGAAGAGACAGAGGACAAAGAACCGGAGAAAACUCAGAGCGGCGAGAACAAAGAACAGGAUGAAAAUCUUGAGGAUAUUGAUCUUGGAGAUCCCAACGUAGAAAAGGCAGCUUUAAAAAUUCAGUCCACAUUUCGAGGUUUUAAAGUUCGCAAAGAACUCAACACGGAAGAACAGACAGAAGAGAAUGAAGAAAAAGUCGUUAAUGAAGAAUCAGGAUAAUUCAUUUCCAGUUUUCUACAAAUGUUGUCCGCUUAUGAACAAUUAAAAGAAAGAAAUUUCAAGAAGAAAAUGAAGAACGGGAUGAACGGAAAGUAAUGCAUAGAGAGUCCACAAUUACCCAAUCUGUGCACUUACUUUCUACAAACGUCAUCAAACUCGGUGCAGAUAUUUGAAUGGAGCUUUUCACUGUUCACGUGUCAAUCUUAACGCAGUAAAAGUAUUGCAUUCCAGUGUACCAUAUUUCAUUUUUCUGUGCCAUUUAAUUACAAACAAAAAUCUAUCUGAAAAACGUCCUUUCGUUUACAUAUAUUAUAUACAUACAAAAAAGAAAUUUAAAUGGAAAUCCAAUGAAAUUUUAAGCAAUGUAAGUGAUUAGUUUAAGCAAUGUAAGUUAACCUCGUAAUGCAUUCCACCGAGUUAAAAACUCGAGUAAACUAAAUUAGAUUAUUUGCUACCUGAGUGCAUACAUUCAAGAAUUUCUUUUAUUCAGAUAUGAAUAUAACAGAAUAGUUUUGCAUUAAAAUGAAGAAAAUGUCUGAAAGAGGCUGAAUUAAAAUAAAGAAUAAAAAACUGUUUUAAAAAAAAGAGCAUUUCCUUAAUUUUUAUUGAUGCAUUAAAGGGUUAAAAUGAAUUAAAUAUUCAUUUUUCUUUAAGCUUCAGACUAAAUACUGAAAUUAUGAAGUUGUUAAAAUUAUGUAAUGGAAAUGUGAAUAUUUGGAAUCGAAUUUUUUUCAUUCUGUAUUAUUUAAGCUUCAGUUAAAGUGUUGAUCCGUUAAAAUUCGGUAGAAUGGUAAUUUGAAUUAAAUUAUAAUUUGAAUUAAAAAACUGAACUUGGAGAUAUAAAUUUCAUUUUGAUUUGUUAUAUUUAAAAUUAACCAAAGUGAAUAAGUAAAUUUGCAGCAAUUUAAAAAUUAAAUUUUAAAUAUUUUAAUCUUUCUUGCUGUAUUACGUUAGAGCAGGGAUUUUCAACUUAAAGAGAAUUCCCUCUGGGGGAAAUCCCAUAGUUUCACAGGGAAAAAGCGAUCAGCCUUUAAUUUACCUGUAAAGUAUUUAGUUUCAAAUCAUGAAUAUAAAAAACUACUUUUAUUCAAGUUUUUGUAUUUAUCAACAUGUUUUAUGCCUUCUGUUGUUUAAUUUAUAAAACACUUUAAGAGUUAAUCUAAAUCUAAAUUAAUAUAGUAUAUUUAUUUUUGGAGUUUUGAAAAGGAAUGGGUAGAAGUAUUCUGUAACAAAAAGGAGUGUAUGAGGAAAGAAAAAGUGAGAACACCUGUUUUAGUCUUUAGUAUUGUAUUUAAAGCGUUUUUUUUUUUAAAGCCAAACAAUAACUGGAUAAUUUGAUUUCUUAAUUUUGAUUUUUAGAAAAAUAUUUCACUUCGAAUUCAGAAUAAAUUUUACUGACUCUUAUCGUAACAUAAAUAAUUCCGGAAAUUUUAUUGUAUUUAAAGCGUUCUUUUUAAAAGCCAAACAAUAACUGGAUAAUUUGGUUUCUUAAUUUUGAUUUUCAGAAAAAUAUUUCACUUCGAAUUCAGAAUAAAUUUUACUGACUCUUAUCGUAACAUAAAUAAUUCCGGAAAUUGUAUUGCAUUUAAAGCGUUCUUUUUAAAAGCCAAACAAUAACUGGAUAAUUUGGUUUCUUAAUUUUGAUUUUCAGAAAAAUAUUUCACUCCGAAUUCAGAAUAAAUUUUACUGACUCUUAUCGUAACAUAAAUAAUUCCGGAAAUUUUAUACACAUAAGAAAGUUUCGUUUUUAAGAAGAAAAAAAUUCUUACCUUCCAUUUACGUUUUUCUGCAUUUUACUUUUCUGAAUUUUUUUAAAUUUUAUUCUAGGGUAUGUAUAGUGACCGAUUAUGAAGUAAAAAUGAUAUCAUUUUAAACAAAUUCGCUAAUAUUUCUUAAUUCAGUUACAUUUUUAAACCUAGACAUUUUCCAUUCAAACGUUUGUUUUCAGCAGAUAGAAAAAUUGACUACAGGGCACCAAAAUGUCGCAAAAACUUUCCAAAAGCCAGUCUGAAUUUUAAUUAAUUAGCCUGCAACGUGUAGAGUUGAAUAAAAGAUUUUUAAGAAAAAAUUUUCAUAAAAGAUUUUCAGCUAUUGCGUAAUAUUGCCAAGAUAAACAUCUUUUGUAAAUAUUUUGACCAUCUAUCUGAGCUUGCUGUUAUUAAAAAAUUUAUUUGUGCAAUAUUUUAUACAUGAUAUUAUGUAACACAGGAUCUCCAACAAAAAUACGUCUGUUUUAAUUCGAAGUUUAGCAUUUAAAAAAAGGAGCUUCAAUUCUUGCAAUCGUUUAAGAAUAAAUGUAAAGCGAGCAUAAAUUAAGUUCACUUACGGUGUUUAACUAUGAGUGAAAUUUUUUCUUCGAUUUUUAACGUAUCCUACACACAAAAUCUGAUGUGUUCACACAUGACUUCCCUGUACGGAAUAUUAAAUUAUACGCAUUUUUUCUUGCAUUUCAUUUAAACUUAUUAGAUUGAA